UAAACGUGGUAACGCCAUUGCACAUUUGCCCGUCUGUGCAGAGUCAAGUGUUUCGAACAUCUGACAGCAUGAAGGUCCUCAUCUUGCUCGUGUUCCUGCCAGCGGGAUGCCUUGCUUUCAAACCAAAGCCAUGCGCAUCUCCACCACGGAUGACAGGAAAGCUUUCUGUGUCCACCUCCAGUGGGAACCUGACGGUGUACGGCAAGUACAUCUACGACGCACCUGGAAAGCGGAUCCGCCUCAGAGAGUGUGGCUCUCACGACAAUAAGACCUUCCACCUCGACGUCCUCCUGCUCUACAAAGAGAAAGUCAUGUACGACAUCAACUACAAAAACAAAACGUGCACUAAGAAGCCACUGAACACAGACUUCCACCCACUGGCCGUCCCUAAGAAGGCGUCCCUGCUGGGGCAGGUGGUGUUGGGCACCUCCUCUCGACGAGGACAGGGACUCCUGGUCAACACCUGGGCGGGAAAGAUACAGACCAAAAACAGAACAGCAAAGUACAUAAGCACUGUCACUGAGUUUGGAUGUAUUCCUGUUACCACUCUGUUUCAUGGCAAUAAAGGCUGGGUGGUGACCAGUUUCUUUGACAACAUCAUUGGAAUCAAGGACCCUAAGCAGCUGAGCCCUCCAAGCUUCUGCAAGGGUUCAGAGCUGGAAGAAGAAGACGGAGAGGAUCCAGAAACCUUCUUCAGCCUGUUUGAAAACACAGAGCUGGAGUCAGACAUGUAGUUCACAGUGAUGGAGACCACUGAAGAACUCUCUGGUGGAUAAAACAUGUAUUAUGCAAGCAACUUUAAUCAUUGACUACAUUCAGUGAGUUUUUUUUCCUCUGUGUCUUUGUGCUGUAGCAUUUAGAAAAUAAUCACAGGGUGCAGGUCUUUAAGUUUUAUGCAGAUUUUAAAAUCUGUUACAUUAUUACUAUUUUUGUUUUAUUUUUGAGGUGAACAGCUGGAAUGAACACAAGGUUAUGUUUAGCUGCUACAGUGGCUAUAUGAGCAUAGCUAAUGUGAACAUUCAUACUAAGCCCUAAGUGGACCAGGUUAAAGGUCUGUUACAAGCCUGUUGGUUGAAAAGAACAUUACUGAAAAAUCUUUUGACUAUUUUAAGAGUUUAUCCCUGCUUCUGUGUCGCACUGUAACAGAGAUGAAAUACUCAUUACACUUGCUUUAAAUAAAUACAUUUGUAUUUUAAGUAAAGUAUAAUAAAGGGAAGUACAAAUC